UGUCUUAAGAUAAGUAUUGUUGUUUCUUUGUGAAGUGACCCGCUUAUUUAAAUCCUCUUCAUACCAAUUGUUAACAAAAGGUCUAUUCAUUUAUUUAGACAUAAAGUUUCGAUGUGAUGCAGAAGUGCAAAAGUUUGCCAGUUCGUCUGUAACGGGAAAUGGAAAGGUGACUCAGACCAGAUGAAGCCUCAUGUGAGAUGAUCAGGAUGAAGUCCACACGGAGCUUCACGUUUUUAAUUUGUUCCAUCAUGGUGCUGAUAUUCCUGUACUAUUCGUCUGGCAGACUGCACUUACGGAGCCCAGUCCAGAAAUCUCAGGCUGAUUUGGAUAGGUUACUCUCCGCGGGACGUGUAGUAGCUUCAGAAUACGACAAGCAGGGAUUCCUUACCAAGCAUGACAAAAAACUGCCUCUGGAGCUGCAGUAUAAAUAUGGUAAUCUCAGUAAAGGCGAGUGUAAACCUGGUUACGCAGAGGCCAAGAUGACUUCAAUCUAUCCAAAGUUUUCAAAACCAGCCCCCAUGUUCCUCGAUCCAAAUUUCAAGAGGCUAUCAAAUAUCAGCAGUUACUUGCCUCCGUUUGGAGUAAGAACACAAGAAAAUAUCAUUGAUCAUAUUUUACAAGCUACAAAGAGAUAUUCACUAGGUUCAGAACUGGACAGUAUAAGUUGUAAGAAGUGUAUUAUUAUUGGCAACGGAGGCAUUCUGUUCAACAAGUCCCUGGGCUCCCAAAUCGAUCAAUAUGAUGUUGUUGUACGACUGAACGAGGCUCCAGUGGCCGGGUUCGAGAAGGACGUCGGCUCGAAGACCACCAUGCGUAUCACGUACCCUGAAGGAGCAAUCCAGAAACCUGAGCGCUACGAGAAGAGCUCGCUUUUUGUCUUAUCUGCCUUUAAACUCGUGGACUUCAAAUGGCUGCGUCUCAUGGUGUUCAAAGAAAAACUGCGGAGUAUGGAGGGAUUCUGGAAGUCCGUGGCACGUGUCGUUCCAAGAGAGCCAGAAGAUAUACGGAUCCUGAACCCGUAUUUCAUCCAGGAAGCAGCCUUCAAAUUCAUCGGCCUUCCACACAACAAUGGCUUCAUGGGAAGAGGGAAUAUUCCUACAUUGGGGACUGUUGCGAUCACGAUGGCUCUCCAUAACUGUGAUGAGGUGGCGGUGGCCGGAUUCGGAUAUGACAUGAACACACCUCACGCACCUCUGCACUACUAUGAGAAGCUCAUGAUGUCUGCAAUCAAAGAGUCAUGGACACACAACAUAUCCAAAGAGAAAGAGUUUCUCCAAAAGCUGGUGAAGGUGGGCGUUAUUCAGGACCUGACCAAUGGGAUCUGACGUCACGUCCACGUCAUGCAGCGGAUAGAUAGUAUUCACCAUAUCACUGGUGACCGGCAUCCCAGCCGAUGGACUCGCACUAACACGAGCCGUCAAACGCCUAAAGAUGUAUGAGCCAAUCACAUGAUGCAGCCGGAGGAAGUGACCUCACCUCAUAUGCUGGAAGGUGUCCAUGGCAACCUCACCUCAAACAUGGUAAUGCUUGUUAUAAGAUGUCACGAAGGCGAGAAAGAGUCCGUUCCUGUGUGCCAUGACGCCCGACAGAGACUGGAAACUUGCUGCUUUCUCCUGCUUUUUUACUCCAUUGUAUUCAGUAUUUAUUAGACAGUAUUUUAAUCACCGUCAUUAAGAUGCUUUAUUUUUUAAGAUGAGUCAGCUUGAAUGCUUUAUUACUGUUCUCUUCAAUCUCAGGCUAUGCACAAGAGCACACAACAAAUGAUUGUCACUGUUAAUUUUCUUCUGCUCUUCUGACGUGUGCCAUUAAAACCAAUCAGCAUCCGCUUGUUUCCUGCGCCUUGCACAUGUAUAUCCCUCUCUGUGUAUAACCAGAUCAAGAGACAAGACGGAUUAAAGUAUUAUCAAGAUUUCUACAUGGUCUGAAAUGGGCUUUUCAUUUGAACUGUCAAUUGAUGUGUAAGGGGCCGUUCACACAGAACGCGUAUUUUCAUUUAAAUGCGCUACUUUUCCAUUGUUUUUCAAUGUAAACGCGCUAGAUGGACAUGAAUGGCCGUCUCGCACAUGAGCGCCAUGUUUUUAAGACGCUGUGUAAAUUUCAAAGAAUUUAAACUUUUACAUGCAGUGCCGCUCAUCAAUGUCAGUUCCAAAACAGGGGACCAAUCAGAAGACCCUGGAGGCGGGGCAAGCGUUGCAAGCUUUUGUUUACAGUAGCAAGUUGGCUUGGAAACUGUUGUAUUUGAUGGCAACAUGGCGGAAGAGGCGUUCUGCACUGCACUUUUUUUAAAAACCGUUCCUGAGCGCUGCGUCUCGCGUUUUAUAUGCAUUCUGUGUGAACGGCCCCCUAAUAAUGCAUAAGAAUUGUAUGUUAUAGUAGACCUUCAGUGAGUGCUGUGUUAGUAGCAAAUUACAUUUGUUGGUACCAAUACAAGUCAAAUUACAUGAUGCUCUAUACCAUUGUUGAUACC